CUUAGAAGUGCAUGUAGUGUGUGACAUGAAGCGGGGAGCGCUGUCCGGAUCAUGUGCUCCGAGCGGCAGCUGCGACUGGUUCUGUGCGGACUCAGUAUUCCCAGCCUCGCCUGCCCAGCAGGGACCCAGUUCUGACGUCGGUGAUAUAUGGAGCUCCUGAAAAAUACCUUUGAAUACUGUCACGCCCAACACCGCCUCUCCGCAUGAAUUCCAUGCUUUGCCUGCUGCUCAGGAGCCGGCUCGCGGUCAGCGCGCACCAUUAGAGGCCUCUGCGCUCACAUCUCCUCCAGCAGAAGACUCUUGUGUCUCCGGAGCCCUGUCUCCCGCUCACAGUCCGUCCCGGCUGUAAAAUUCACAGUCUAUCCAGAUGGGGUAACGUAAUCGUUCCAGAAGGAUGAUCUGUUAUCGCCCCUGAACUGCCAGGACUUAUUGCAAAGUUUUUGGGCUUUUUUUUCUACCAUACGGAAGGAAAAAGUCUUGGAAAUUUAAGUGUUAAGAACAUUUUGGAGAAUUUGGAUACUGACCCUGAGCCUUGUAGACGGGCAGCCGGUUCUUGUUAUAUCAGAGCCGUUCCUGUACAGCCUCCCAACCCCUUUACUGGUUUGGGUGUUUUUUAGAUAUUUUGCACAAUAUUUGUGUUUUCUGAGUUUUUUUUGUACGUUUUUAUCUGCUCCUUUGUAUCUCUUUUGAGCGUCUUGCCAUGGCUCGGAUUAAUCGCCCAGCUCCAGUGGAAGUCUGCUAUAAAAACAUGCGCUUCCUGAUCACCCAUAACCCCACAAACGCUACAAUGAAUACCUUCAUAGAGGAUCUGAAGAAGUACGGGGCCACGACGGUGGUGAGAGUGUGCGAAGUGACCUACGAUAAGACGCCGCUGGAGAAGGACGGGAUCACAGUCAUGGAUUGGCCUUUCGAUGACGGUGCGCCACCUCCAAACAAGAUUGUGGACGAUUGGCUCAACUUGCUGAAAGCAAAAUUCUGUGAAGAUCCCGGUUGCUGCGUGGCCGUGCACUGCGUGGCUGGACUGGGCAGGGCUCCGGUCCUGGUCGCUUUGGCACUUAUCGAGAGCGGGAUGAAGUAUGAAGAUGCCAUUCAGUUUAUCCGGCAAAAGCGCAGGGGCGCCAUCAACAGCAAGCAACUGACCUACCUGGAAAAAUACCGGCCAAAGCAGAGACUACGAUUCAAAGACCCCCACAACCACAAAAACAAGUGCUGCAUCAUGUAAAUGCCGAGACUUAUUGCCAAAACGCGCAACACACACACACACAGCGCUCCCUCUCUUCUUCCUCCAUACGAUGAAGUCAGCAGCUUCCUCCAACCAACAUAACUAAUUUUUUUUUUUUUUUUUUCAUCUUUUAAAAGACACAAAAACACCUAGCACUCACGGGGUUAAAGGGGUAUUCCGGCCAAAAACAUUUUAUCCCCUAUCCAAAGGAUAGGGGGAUAAGAUGUCUGAUCACGGUGAGCCUGCUGCUGAUACCCCCCGUGAUCUCCCUGCAUCACCCGUAUUCUAUGCGGGUGCUGAGUCUCUAGUUUCGGAAACCUCCAGGUUUCCGGGACUGGGGACGUGACGCCACGCCCCCUCCAUUCUUGUCUAUGAAUAGGGGGCGUGACUGCCGGGAUUGGGGACGUGACUUUCCGGGACUGGGGACGUGACAUCACGCCACGCCCCCUCCAUUCAUGUCUAUGGGAGGGGGCGUGACUGCCGGGAUUGGGGACGUGACUUUCCGGGACUGGGGACGUGACGUCACGCCACGUCCCCUCCAUUCAUGUCUAUGGAAGGGGGCGUGACUGCCGGAAUUGGGGACGUGACUUUCCGGGACUGGGGACGUGACAUCACGCCACGCCUCCUCCAUUCAUGUCUAUGGGAGGGGGCGUGACUGCCGGGAUUGGGAACGUGACUUUCUGGGACUGGGGACGUGAUGUCACGCCACGCCCCCUCCAUUCAUGUCUAUGGGAGGGGGCGUGACUGCCGGGAUUGGGGACGUGACUUUCCGGGACUCGGGACGUGACAUCACGCCACGCCUCCUCCAUUUAUGUCUAUGGGAGGGGGCGUGACUGCCGGGAUUGGGAACGUGACUUUCUGGGACUGGGGACGUGAUGUCACGCCACGCCCCCUCCAUUCAUGUCUAUGGGAGGGGGCGUGACUGCCGUCACGCCCCCUCCCAUAGACAUGAAUGGAGGGGGCGUGGCGUGACUUCAGUCCCGGAAACCCGGAGGGAGCCACAUUGGGCUAUAUAACAGUAUAGGAAGUGUGAUCUUGUGUACCAGCAGAUACACAGACUAUGUAAAAAAAUAAUGUAUUUAGACUACUGGUACAUCAUAUGUGUGUGCAAUUCUUUUUUUUAUUUUUUAAAUAUGUAAUUUCAGUUUUUUUCCUUUGCAUUAAGUGUGUCCUAUCGGACAUGUGCGACACCCCCAUAGGAAGCGUAAAACAACACAAUCAAGCCUUACUCUAUAGCAGCGUUCCGGCUGUUGCACAAACUACAACUCCCAUCAUACCCCCUCCGUGACAGCCUCCUGGUUGGGGGGAGGAACGUUGGCUAUACCGCUUUUACUAUCACCAGACGAUCAUUUCAUACAUUUCACACAGAAUUAUGUUUAAAGGACUAAAUAAAUAAAAUGUAAGUGCCGCCAGCUACCACUGCAGGGGGAGAAGAAGAAAAACUAAACAAAAUGUGGAUUCGGCAUCUGCCCUAACCACGUUGUCUGGUGUCACGUAUCCAUUUAUUUGUAAAAAAAACUUGGUAUUUCCUGUUUAUAAAAAAAAGCCGAUUUUUUUUUACAUUUUUGGAUUAUUAUUUUUUUUUAUUUUAUUUUAUUUUUUUUUUGCAUCUUGUACAGAUCUGUGCGAGCUGACUGAACGUUUAUUGGUACACGGUGUUCAAUGGGUCACAGUAGCCUUGAAGUCCCAGGCGGAAAAAUAGGGUUGAGUGAGGGCGCGGUUUGUGAUAAUUGAAUCUAUGAUGACCUCUGGAAAGUAUAACACACAAAAAAAAAAAAAAAAAAAAAAAGCAAAACCUUUUUUUUUUUUUUUUUUUUUUUUUUAAGUGAUGAGAUUGUGACAAACGUCUGUUACAUUAUUAUUAUUAUUUCUAUAUAUCGAACUACUUUUUGGGGGGAAGAAAAAAAAAAACGGUUCCUUAAUGACUGUAUGAACUCAAAGGGUUAACUUAAAGAAAAAAUCGUGUUUUUUUUUUUUUUUUUUUCCUAAUGAAAGUAUAUAUAAAAAAAAAAUAAUAAAAAAAAAUUUAAAUUCUGACGGUGGUUCCAUAGCCGUAAAAUCUGCAGCACCUGCUUUGUAUAGCGCUUGUCUUUACAGGUCAAAUCUACCUCUUCCUGCAGAGGGUUAUGUUGCGGCCGUCAGCUCACAAAGGUCUCGUCACCGCGCACGCAAUUCAGUUGUGUCGGAUAGCUCAGUGCAAAAUUUUAUUUUUUUAUUAUUUUUUAUUUUCUUUUAUUUUUUCAUUUUGAGCAUUGAGCCUAGGUAAUUAAAUGGUUGUGAAGCCGUAUGUAACAGAAUGGCUUUUAUACACGUGUUUCACUUGUAUUCUGUAAAAAAAAAAAAAAACGCUGAGGAUUUGUUGUGUUUUUGGGCGAGGAAUGAGUGUAUUUUAAAUUUUUUUUGAAAAAAAAAAAAAAAAACACAAAUUCUUCCAUGACAGCGUUUGUGCCCGAUCAUGGAGUUUCUGUCUUUAACACUUUGAAUUAUGCCCAUAUAUAUAUGGAAGAUUUCCGAAUAAAAUAAAUGGCACUGGAGUUUAUUAAACUUUAAAAA